CUAUUACAAUAUAAUCAUAAUAUAGCCAACCGGAACAAACAUCUCCCACUAGCUUUCAUUACAUAAACCUACGCCCCACCAACAACAUAACAAUCCGCACUGUGUCUUUUUUUUUUUUUUAAUUGAAAAAAUUAAUCUUUCUUCUUUUUUCCUGAAAACCCAGAAAGUAAAACCGCGAGAGGUGUCUUAAAGAAACGAAAAGGAGGGAUUUUGGGGGAGAAUAUAGAGUAGUUGGGGGAAGAGAAGAAGAGAAAGGGCUAAGCGGAUUUUGGGUUUUGCGGCAAUGGGGGAUUUGGAGAGAGUUGUGGUGUUGGAGGAGGCAAAGGAAGGGGAUGGGGAGGAAGAAAAAGAGAGGCUUUUGGAGGGCAUGGCGGUUUUGGAUUUUGACAUGCUUUGCUCCUCAGUGGCGUUGCAAACUGCGCAUGGAACUUGGGGGAAGCUUGGGGGAACCCUUGGUGCUGGCGAUGAAGAACAGCACGGUGGGGUUUUGAGGAUGUGGGAGGGUGAACUCCUCGAUUGCUUCGAUGACCGCACUAUCGCUCUUGAAUCUGCAUGUUGUCCUUGCUACCGAUUUGGGAAGAACAUGAAGCGAGCUGGUUUUGGCUCUUGCUAUAUUCAGGCAAUAGUUUAUUUUCUUCUUGCUACCGGUGCUUUGCUUAACUUCAUUGCCUUUACUGUCACGAGGCGUCCCUACUUUCUGUACAUAGCAGUUGCCUUCAUCGUUACUGUUGGAGCGUAUUUAGGAUUCUACCGAACUUGUAUGCGAAAGAAAUUCAACAUCAAGGGUAGUGAUAGCUCGUUGGACGAUUGUGUUUAUCAUUUUGUCUGUCCUUGUUGUACCUUAUGUCAGGAGUCAAGAACACUGGAGAUGAACAACGUUCAAGAUGGCAUUUGGCAUGGUCGGGGCGACACAAUGUGCAUAGGUGGCGUUAGGGAUGUGAGUAAAGCACUCUAUGAGUUAUGUCCUCCUCCUAUCGAAUCCAUCAAGUCUAAUGAUGAAAGUUGCACUGAAAAGAGCAUAGAUAUCAGCAAUCAAUCUUGAAUCUAAGUAGUGGGUAUGUUUUGAAUCAAUGGCUCUUCAUCUUAAUUCUAUCCCUAGUGUCUGCACCUCAUAUUGCAUUCCAAAUUCUCAUCAAAUUUCUUGGCCAAGAAAUGAAUGUAAUGACGGCUGCAACAGACAGUUCAUACUAGGACUAAGUAUUAGCAGUCCACGGGAAACAAUAAAUGUAUGCUCUUUCCCUCUAGGAUUUGCAUGACUUUAGGAUGGAGAACAAUGUUGUUUUUAAAAAUUAUCCCAGUAGGUAGAGAUGUUAGUUUGCAAAUGUGCAUAUUGGGUCUUUCAUUCUCAACUAAUGGGAUCUUAUUUUAACCAUCCCAUGUAGUAGUAUACAUUUUGAUUAGUUCUAUGCUGUUGAAAGAAUGUCAUCUUAAUUGUUGUAUUAUAAUGAAAACUUGUUCAU